CAUCCGGUGACGCAGAAAUUUCAGUCGCCAGGCGCGAAGGAAAGCGUACUUCGGUUUAGACGCAAACAGUAAAACAGAACAAGGCAUUUCUGAUGUGCACGCCAGCAGACAGUGGAGAUAUAAUCAUCCUGAGUAGUGAUGAUGACGAUGAUCAUAAGGAUGGCAGAGACAUGUCCUGCCUCAUUGUGGAGGUGGAGGAUGUGAAGGAAAAAGACUGCGUGUCCUCUCCCAGCACUCUGGAGGAAGACCUGGUCGUGACCUUCUCCCGCCACGCUGAUGUGCUACCUCAUGCUCGCUACGACUGUCCCAUACACCCUUUUACGCCUACAGAGUUGGAGACUAACAUGCCAGUAGACAGUAACCAGCUCAUUUGUGAUCAGUGCUUCUGCUACAUCUGCGAUAAGCUGGCAUCGUUGUGUGAAAUGUGGUGCGUGAGCAGCAUUUGUCACUGCAACAGCCACAAGAGGAGCGCCUUCUGGAGCGACCUCAGAAACCAUAAGCUGCUGGGAGGACUGACUGCUUUCAACCUCACCCUGUCAGAAAUGGACUCGCACCUCCGACAAGCAGCGACGUUGCUGCAGCAGUUCAGACAAGAGCUCUUUGCGCUCUACUCGUCCUACAUGAAAGGCGAGGCACUAAAGGAAUAUGGUCUGAGCCAAGAGAACCAACAAGGCUUCAUCUACAAUUACUCACCGGUGUUUGAGUUUGUGUCCUCGUUCCUGAACCAGGCAGAUCAACAGGACAGCAGAGCGGCAGUCAUCAUGAGCCUGGGGGCUGCUGAGGACUUUAUUAGACAUUUCCAUUUCUCAGGGGGUUUCAUCUUGGCUUCUCCAAUGGCUAAUGUUGAUACAGCUAAAACGAUGUUACUGCAGAGGGUAAUAGCAUUGGUACAGAGACAGAUGGUGAUGGCUAAUUUUACUCCAGACUUCAUUAACAAACUACAGGAGUUUUGCAAGAAACUGCAUUUCCCAGCUGAGCUGAGGAACAUGAAAAACAGCCUGUGUGUUCGCCCCUGGAACGACGUCCUGCUCGUGUCUGUGAUGAAGGGGCAGAACGUGUCAGGCGUGCGUAAGGACAAAGGCAAGAAAGACGUCCUGGCUGAACAGAUUUCUGUGAUUCUGCUGAGGACGGAGCUACUGCAGCAUCAGCGCAGGUACAGAGAGCUGUGUCGAUAUCUACGAGUCGUCCAGACAGACGACACCACACAGUUUCAGCAGAUACAAGACCUCAUCCCCUACUUCAUGUGCAUGGCUGGAGACUUUUCAUCAGCUCUCACAAGUUUGUUCCCCUCUGUGAAUGCUCCCGCUUCCCGCUUUAAUCCGGACCUCUUCCUCUUUUAUCUCAAAGUCUUUGAAACAGCGACUGCACCAAAGCUGACACCAGUCAGUAAACCGGGAGAGCUCUGCUGUGCUGGUGCAGCGUGGGAGUCUAUUGAAGAUGCUGUGCCGCUGAAACGUCAUGAGCUGGUGAGGUUUGCUCUCAGGGCUCAGGGAUGCUGCAGUGCUGUAUAUGCUGAUUCUCGGUGUUGGACCAGUUUGCUCACGAUUGUCAACAAGCCUUGCGGUUCACUCACUGCUUUACCCAUGCCCAGUAUGCAGUUUCUGCAGGAAGCGCGGGAUGUUGUGAAAGGGAUAUUGCUUGAUCAGAAGGGCUCCAAUAUGCAGAUCCCACGAUCCUUGCAUGAGCUGCUCUCUAAAGAAAUGUUUAAGAUCCAGCUCUUCACUCAAGUCUCAUCUGUGAUGGAAACCACCUGUGACAGGAGAAUUCAUGGGCCUUUAGGUGGCUUUGUGAAAGUUUUUCCUCCAGUGAAGAACAUCUGA